AUGCUUGAAAGAACAGCGUUCUUCGCCGAGGAGCGGGGCGUGCUACAGUCGAUGCGACAGAAGGUGCGCACCAUGCAGAGCCAGCAGCGCCGCUCCUUCGACCGCGCCUUCCUCAAGAACCUGCCCGACGAGAUCCCCGUGCAGCUGAGCAUCGGCACCCGGGUCACGGCCCGGCUCCGGCAGCCGCAGGACGGCCUCUUCACCGGCAUGAUCCAGGCGCUGGACGCGGUCAACGCCACCUACCGGAUCCGCUUCGAAAAGGCCGGCCUGGAACCGCAGUCGGUGCCCGACUACGAGGUGCGCGCGCUCGACCUGCCGGAGCUGCGCUCGCCACUCGCCAACGACCCGCUCAUGUCUGCCGGCACGCCUGCCAAGUCGGAGCUGCGCCUGCUCGACCCGCAGGGCGUCGUCAACGGGUACACCAUCAAGUUCCUCGUGCACGUGGUCCGGCUGAAUAAGAUCCUGGCGGUGAAGCGAGAGCACGUGGGUAGACUGGAGGCGAUGAACACGGAGGCGGAGCGGGCGCAGCUGUACGGCCAGCCGCUGACCGACGAGUUCCAACGGCGCUACGCUCAGCUGGUGCUGCAGCUCGAGUCAAUCAACACCCAGCUGCGGGAGACGACUACGGACGUGCAGCAGUCGUGUCAGCAGCGCCGCCAGCCGGUCAGCGACGACCCGGCCGUGUUGGAACUCAUCCGGCGGCUCACCUCCCUCCUGCUCCAGGUCAAGAACUUCGCCGACAACGAGAUGAACCCGUUCGAGCUGAGCUCGCUAGAGGAGACGAUGCGCGAGAUUAAGGCGUCGCUGCAGCCCGACCAGCUGACCGCCUUCCAGGACCAGGUGCAGGGAGCAUGA